AUGAGUAGGUCCUCUGGCACAACAGCGAACCCGCCAUUUGUUUCUAGAUCUGCCUUCGACGCUCUCACCGUCGAGGAUGUUGACGACUCCGAGGACGAACAACAACAGGAAGAAACGCCGCAGACACAGGUGACUAGAAGGCUCAAAAACAAGCUCGCACCGAAAGGCGAAAACAACUCAAAGCCUCCUCAAAAGCAGGUACCGCAAAUAGCACUCAAAAGUAAACCUGACCCGCAAGAAGUCGAACGCACGAAGACACGACAAAGUAUUUUAACGCGAACACUAUGGACGUUCAUUAUGAUCGGAGUUUUCGUUGCUUUGUUACUCAUGGGUCAUGUUUAUAUGAUCAUGCUUGCCAUGCUGUGUCAAACGAUUGUCUACCGCGAAGUCACUGCUCUAUUUUCACUCACAAGCCAUGCUCCGGAUUCUGGCGAGGCUGAAAAUAAGAGAAAGAAAGAUCCAUGGAGCAAGACUCUAAAUUGGUACUUCUUUGCCGUCACUAACUAUUUUCUAUACGGGGAGAGUAUCAUCUACUACUUCAAGCAUGUUAUAUUCUCGGACGGUCAACUACUUCCUUUCGCUACCAAUCACAGAAUUAUCAGCUUUACGCUCUAUACCAUCGGCUUCGUUGGUUUCGUAAUGUCUCUCAGACGUGGAUUCCUCAAGCAACAAUUUGGCCUCUUUUGCUGGGUUCACAUGAGUCUGUUGCUGAUCGUUGUCUCUGGUCACUUCAUCGUUAACAAUAUCCUCGAGGGUAUGAUAUGGUUCUGGGUUCCCGUCUCGUUGGUCAUUUGCAACGAUAUUUUUGCAUAUGUAUGGGGCAUGACCGUCGGGCGUACACCUUUGAUCAAGCUCUCGCCGAAGAAAACUGUCGAAGGGUUUGUGGGUGCUUUCUGGAGUACCCUCCUGUUCAGUGUACUCUGGGGCUCGUACUUCAUGCGCUUCAACUACAUGAUCUGCCCUGUGCAUGAUCUCGGAGUCUCCGCCUGGAGUAAUGUUCAAUGUACUCCCAACCCAGUAUUUGUCUGGAAGGUGUGGCAAAUCUGGUCGCCUCUCAGGGUAUUUCUUUCACAGCUCCUCGGAAAAUCAGUGACCGUGAUUCCCUAUGCACCAUACCAACUACAUCUCCUGGUUUUUGCAGUUUUCGCAUCACUGGUGGCACCGUUUGGAGGUUUUUUCGCAUCUGGUUUCAAGCGUGCCUUCAACAUAAAGGAUUUUGGCCACAGCAUCCCUGGUCAUGGAGGGAUGACCGAUCGCAUGGACUGCCAAUUCCUCAUGGGCGUGUUCACCUACGUCUAUUAUAGCAGUAUCAUUCGAGAACACCACGUCAGCGUGGGUUCUAUCUUGCAGAUGAUCGUUAGCGGGCUUAGCGCUAACGAGCAAUUGGAGUUGGUGAAGGACCUGAAGAAGUACAUGGAAGGACAAGGCAUCAUGAUAGUAUGA